AGAUUUCAGUUCUGCGUCAACCAUUGAAUGGUCAAGUUCGGUUUGUUUUUUUUUUUUAACCUCCUCUGUAAAUUUUCACUUCGAAAGUGUUUUCCCUGUUCCGUUGGGAUUAGUGUGUAGACUCUAGCCUGCCUAAAUUACUGUGUAAAGAAAUCGAUUUUUAAACGGUUGCUUAGAUAUCAAACAUAUUGUUGUAAUGGCUAAGCCUCCGCAACGCAUCAAUUUAAUGCGUCAACUUUUUCUGGCGCUAAUGCUAUAUGGCGUUGCUACUGCGAAAGAAAAUGUACGCAUGCGUAGACUAGCCACAGAGUCGGUUACAGCAGCAAUACCCAGCAGCAAAGAAAAUGUUCUUGAACAGAUUUUCAACCCUACAGAAAUUCCAGCAUCAAAGUCAAAAAAUACGGAAGUAAAUAAAAGUGGUAACCGACUUUCUUCGCAAACAGAAACAGUUUUAAUUUCCACUGGUACAGAUCCAGCAAAUAACCCUGAAACUCGCCACUCUGUUUUUGACCCAUCGGUGGUCUCAGAUUUAGAAACAAAGGAAAUUGUAUCCAGCUCUUCGGGUUCUGACGAAGGUGGACUUAAUUAUGAUAAUGAACCAAUAGAUUGUAAUCCUGAUCUGGUCGGCUUUGAAAUUGUUACAGGAUUUGUGUUCUCAGCACCUGAAAAACUAAUGGAUUCUAUGCCAGGCACGCUAAUGCUUACUGAUUGCCUGGAUACUUGUAGGAAAAACCAAACAUGUCAAUCAGUUAAUUACGAAACUGGACUGUGCGUGUUAUUUUCAGCCCACGCUGAUCAGUUGCCAGGUGCCCUAACAAAAUCACAAUUUCCCGUAUUUACAAUAUAUGCAGAAAAGUCUUGCCUUUCUGUAAAACCUUGUGCCCGCGCUUGGUAUGUCGAUCGUGUUCAAAACUACAAGCUCAAGACGGAAGUGAAGCGUUCCGUGUCGCUGACGUCUAGGCGCGAGUGCUUUGAACUUUGUUUGAGCGAAACAGAAUUCACAUGCAGAUCAGCUAACUAUGAUCGACUCUCUGGAGCAUGUGAACUGAGUGAGUUGGAUCGUUUAACAUUGGCUGGCUCGAACGCUUUUCAGACACAAGAGGGAAGUGAAUAUUUGGAAAACCACUGCGUCGACGAACCCAAUAAGUUGUGCGAAUUUAAGCGCCUACCCGGCCGCAUUUUAAAAACAGUAGAUUCUGUAUAUCAGGAAGUGAGCAGUAUUGAUGAAUGUAGAGAGCUUUGCCUCAAUUCCCCUUAUAGAUGUCAUUCGUAUGACUACAACGAUACUGGGGACAUGGUUUGUCGCUUAUCGCACCAUAGUCGUGCCACUCUCGCUGAUGUUCAAGAACCUUUCCUGGAGGUGCCUGAAGCGUCAACAUACGAGCUGACAUCUUGCUAUAACGUGACUAUAGAGUGCGGCGGCGGAGAUAUGCUGGCACGUAUACGCACCUCGAAACUGUUUAAUGGAAAAGUGUAUGCCAAAGGCUCUCCCAAAUCCUGCGCAGUUGAUGUCAAAAGCGCAUUAGAAUUUGAGUUACGUAUGAAUUACCAUGAUUUAGAAUGUAACGUACGGCAGAGUAGUUCAGGACGAUAUGUAAAUGAUAUAAUUAUACAACACCAUGACAUGAUAGUAACGUCUUCCGACCUGGGUUUGGCGUUGGCCUGUCAGUAUGAUCUAACAAAUAAGUCUGUAAUCAAUGGCGUUGACCUAGAUGUGCGCGGCGAUAUUAUGCCCGCGCUUUCCGAGGAAGUCAUUGUCGACUCACCGAAUGUGAUAAUGCGAAUAACCUCCCGAGAUGGCUCAGAUAUGAUGCGCUCUGCUGAAGUUGGAGAUCCACUGGCUUUGAAGUUUGAAAUUGUUGACGAGCAAAGUCCAUAUGAGAUCUUUAUUCGUGAGUUGGUAGCCAUGGAUGGCGUAGACAACUCUGAAAUUACCUUAAUCGACGCUAAUGGCUGCCCAACUGAUCACUUUAUCAUGGGUCCCAUUUAUAAGGGGUCUCUUUCUGGAAAGGUUCUACUUUCCAAUUUCGAUGCGUUUAAAUUCCCUUCAAGUGAGGUCGUUCAGUUCCGAGCACUGGUGACACCUUGUAUGCCAAGCUGUGAGCCAGUCCAAUGUGACCAGGAAGACACCAGCGGCGAAUUUAGAUCAUUAGUAUCCUAUGGUCGAAAGCGAAGAUCGCCUAUUUUAACAGAUCAUAUGUCACGUAAACGUCGGGAUAUCGAUAUGUCAACGAAAUCGCCCCCCAGUGACAUGUUGCUGGUUCAGUCAAUUCAAAUCACAGACAAAUUCGGCUUUAAACACAAUAAGCAAGGAAGCGGAGACUAUUAUGAUGGUAACGAAACCACAUUUACAGCUAGCGAAGAGGGCCAAGGACUUUGCGUGAACGCAUUUGGUCUCGUUACAGCCGCCACAAUAUUUUUGCUUACCCAGUUGGCAAUUAUAGCCAUUUGGUCCUAUUGCUAUCAACGCCGUCAUAAGCUACAACCGUAUCAACAUUCUUACUAAACCCAAACCAUCUGCUAAUAUACUUAUUUUGUAUGCAUAAUUUAUAAGUCAGCUUCAAAAGGUGCAAUCCAUAUUUACGCAAUGCAAUGCUGAUUAUCUACUAAGAAGUCCUGUCGUCCUGAUAUAACAACCGCUAUUUGUCUUUUCUAGUCAGUGCACGAUUUUAGAGAAAUUAACUUUGUUUAUUUUGUUCGGUGGAAUUCAAGCUGUAGAUAAUACAGCCCUUGCGUAAAACAUUUUACUGUGUUAGGUUUCAUAUGUUCUAUGCAACAACUUCCUUACUUAUAAAUGAAGUUUGACUUCUGCAUUGAACUUCUUUUGUGACUAUGGAAUUAAUGUCGUUUAAAUUUUUAAAAACAUUUGAACAUAUUUGAAAGCCUUAUUAUCUGUGACGUAUGUGUACUAUUUUAGUUAAGAAAUCUAAUUUAUUUUAAAUAAAUAGCAAUGAUAUGUCUGAUUUAAACUAAUUCAACAAUAAUCAAAAUGAAGUCUAUUUAAAUUAUUAUUAAAAGUGAGGAGCUAAAAUAAAAUGGUGCACUUUCCUGAGAUUGUGUUUGUAAACCAACGUCUUUGAACAAUACUUUUAGAACAAUAAAUAAAGUUUCAAUAAAGUUUUGUGU